AGGCUGUCAUUAGAGCAGAGACGCACCAGCCGACAGCAGUAAAACCUUUGAAGAGCACAGCAGGCCUACGCACGAGCAGAAACAUGAGGGAAAUAGUUCAUUUACAAGCGGGACAGUGUGGAAAUCAGAUCGGGACGAAGUUCUGGGAGGUGAUCAGUGACGAGCAUGGCAUCGACCCUACCGGGAACUAUGUCGGCGACUCGGUGCUGCAGUUGGAGCGGGCGAACGUCUACUACAACCUGGCGUCCUCAAAUAAAUAUGUCCCCCGUGCCGUGCUGGUGGACCUGGAGCCAGGGACCAUGGACAGUGUGCGCUCAGGGACCUUCGGACAGCUAUUCAGACCCGACAACUUCAUCUUUGGACAGACAGGUGCUGGGAACAACUGGGCGAAAGGCCACUACACAGAGGGGGCGGAGCUAGUGGAAUCGGUGCUGGACGUCGUGAGGAAGGAGUGUGAAAACUGUGACUGUCUACAGGGUUUCCAGCUCACCCACUCUCUAGGUGGAGGAACAGGCUCAGGCAUGGGCACCCUGCUCAUCAGCAAGAUCAGAGAGGAGUACCCCGACCGGAUCAUGAGCACUUUCAGUGUCAUGCCCUCCCCCAAGGUGUCUGACACGGUGGUGGAGCCCUACAACGCCACCCUCUCCGUGCACCAGCUAGUGGAGAACACAGACGCGACGUACUGCAUCGACAACGAGGCGCUCUACGACAUCUGCUUCCGCACGCUCAAGCUGACCACGCCCACCUACGGCGACCUCAACCACCUGGUGUCGGCCACCAUGAGCGGCAUCACCACCUCCCUGCGCUUCCCCGGGCAGCUCAACGCCGACCUCCGCAAGCUGGCCGUCAACAUGGUGCCCUUCCCCCGCCUGCACUUCUUCAUGCCCGGCUUCGCCCCGCUGACGGCCCGUGGCAGCCAGCAGUACCGCGCCCUCUCCGUGCCGGAGCUCACGCAGCAGAUGUUCGACUCGAAGAACAUGAUGGCGGCGUGCGACCCGCGCCACGGCCGCUACCUCACGGUGGCCACCGUGUUCCGCGGCCAUAUGUCCAUGAAGGAGGUGGACGAGCAGAUGCUCAACGUGCAGAACAAGAACAGCAGCUACUUCGUGGAGUGGAUCCCCAACAACGUGAAGGUGGCGGUGUGCGACGUGGCGCCCCGCGGCCUCAAGAUGUCGGCCACCUUCAUCGGCAACAGCACGGCCAUCCAGGAGAUCUUCAAGCGCAUCUCGGAGCAGUUCUCCGCCAUGUUCCGCCGCAAGGCCUUCCUCCACUGGUUCACGGGCGAGGGCAUGGACGAGAUGGAGUUCACGGAGGCGGAGAGCAACAUGAACGACCUGGUGUCCGAGUACCAGCAGUACCAGGACGCUACGGCCGAGGAGGAGGAGAACUUUGACGAGGAGGCGGACGAAGAGAUAGCGUAAGGAACAAGCGGACAUUGGUGACGGGAUGGCGAAAGAUUAUGGUAUACAAUGUCGUUCAGACAUUGGUCCAGGUAGGAGGAAGAAGAAUCUCCAGAAUCCAAUUUGGGUAUCAAACCUUGACAGACUCGUCCAGAGUCUGCUAAGCAAAAACAAAACUUGUCUAUAAAGUUAAAUUUAAAAGAACUCUGAUAUUGACAACUGAUUCAGGAUCAACAUUUACGCUACUGGAGAAAACUCGGAUACAAACUUAAAUUCCUUCCUACAAGUUUAUAUUACACUGAUAGUAGCUACUAUUCUUCAAGUGUAACAUAUGUAGAUAGAGAUUUAAUUUAACUAAAUGUAUGAUAUUACAAACUAUAAGCAAAUACACCCACAUCCAUCGUAGUAUCCGACAUGCAAGUAACAAAAAAAGGAAAAGGAAAGUAUUUAACAAUUUACUCUGAACAGUGGGUUUUACUUAAUCAAAACAAAAGCGUCUUUUGUGUUUAAAUGUUGUUUGUGUUGUGUUGUAUGAAAAGGUGACUUAUUUUUAAGUGUUGACCCCAGUGGUUCAUUCCAGGGGAAAUAAAUCAAAAUGUUUGUUCUGAGCUCACUUCUUCGUGCAGUGUUAUGUGUUUUGUGUGCGUUUUACUCAUUGAGGUUCAUGGAGGGAAUGUCGCAUUUUGCAGCUCACUGAUGGUAUGUCAACUCCAAUAACCUUAACACACACCUAACCACACACUCAAAUGCAUGCAGAACAGGAAUGAGCCAGUCAACAGCUUUCUAAUCUCACAUCAUUGUGUUGCUAAUGUGAUCCUACAGCAGAUGUAUUUGUUCAGACAAAAGCCAGGGAACAAAGAGCCUGGGUGCUCACUGUCAGAUUCAAUGCCAAAUGCUUUGCUCAUGUCUGCCUGGCCUGUUGGAAUGGGUGAAUGUAGGCUUUUGUGGGUGUCUGCGUUCAGCUGUGAUGAGUAAUGAAACACUGGCCUCCUAUUGGCAAAAUUCAGUGUUUCCUUUCAACCUUGAACUUCCACAAAAUGGAGCCUCAUUCAAAUCCUGAGACGAGGUAGCAUACCUCAGACAGGGGAAUUGGAAGUGGGGUCAGAGUUCAUGAGUGGACAAUCUGUUCGCUAUAGUAGGUAGCACAGACCUGCUGAAACUGGGCGUUUCCAGGUCUGUUAAUCGGUUUAUUGCAUCACCAUUGUAAUUACUUGCACACAAUAUACAGGGCGUUGGGCAUUCUAGUCAGAAUUUUCUGUUUAAUCUUAAAGUUUCAACUUUUUACGUCAUGUUUAGUCUACAUAGAGAUGCAUGUGUUACGGUAUACCGAAUAUUGGAAAGCUAUCGGUAAGUUGAACUGACCUGGGUCUGUGAUCUUGACCAAUAAACAGGAGGUGGACCGAAGAGCAGCGCGAGGAACCAAUCGGAGACCCGGAAAACAGCCUCAGCCCAAUCAACUGUUAGUACAGAUCGGCCUCCAACACAUUUCACUCAUGAAACUUCGACAUUGCCGUGGCUUUGACAUUGACUGAUCCGCUGGUUAGGCUUUUGUAUGACAAAUUAUCCAAUAGUGAUGUUUUAGGAUACAUUCCAGAUGGCAACAAGGACCGCCUUAUAAACGUCAUGUCAUUCAUCUUAAUGAUGUCAACUGACCCCUGUUUCUUGAAGGGUCUGUAAAGAGUUGUGUAGCUAGAUCCAGUGGUUUGGUGAAAGAUGUGCUGUGAACAUUUCAAUAGUACUGGAGUACGCCAGCCAAAAUGCAGUCAUCCACAAAGUAGUAGACCUGGGCAAAAAAAGCCUUGGAUCGAUAGAUGGUCCAACCACCAAAAAAAAAUAAAGAUAACCUGCAUACGUACUACUGCAGAGAAAUCAUGUUUUUAUGUGAUUAUUGUAACAGAGUUUUUACCUCAAUAGACAAAGUUGGAUGCAUUUGUAUUUUGCCAGUUCCCUGUGGAUGACAAAGUCUGGGUGAAGUUGGGAUAAUAUUGUCAAAUGUAUUCAAAACCAUUUCCAUGUUUGACGAGAUUACAAAUAAAGAAUAAUUG